UCUCGCGAGAUUAAGCGGCACGGCUCUGAGUAUUGCAUUGCCGCAAGGAGCUGCUAGUCCCAGAUGGUGUGGUUAUAUCAUGUGCAAUGAAUGGGCGACAUUAAGACGGAACACUCAAAGUAUUUCAGUUUAUUGUGAGUGACCAAAGUGUUAUACAAUGGUGUUGUCGCUAAAGCUUCGGCAGCCAUGACUAAAUAAUUAACGUGGAGUUUUAUACAGUUAGCCUAGCGCGGCAGCUACAUGCUAACAGCCUCGUUCGCCACAACCUGAAGAUUUUUUUUUUGGCUGAACAUUUCACCCGGAUUCCAGCUUUUCUUACCACGAAACUAACAAUGAGAUGCCAUUACGAAGUCCUGGGUGUGAAACGGGACGCGGGAGAUGACGACCUGAAGAAAGCCUACCGUAAACUGGCAUUGAAAUGGCAUCCCGAUAAGAACUUGGAAAAUGCUGAGGAGGCAGCGGAGCAGUUCAAGCUGAUUCAAGCAGCUUAUGAUGUCCUAAGUGAUCCACAGGAGAGAGCUUGGUAUGACAACCACAGAGAGGCGCUGCUCAAAGGAGGAGUGACUGGAGAGUAUGAAGACGACAGCAUCGACCUGCUCCACUACUUCACUGUCACCUGCUACUCUGGCUAUGGAGAUGACGAGAAGGGCUUUUACACAGUCUACAGAAAUCUCUUCGAGUCCAUUGUCAAGGAGGAGAUGGAGUACAGCAAGGUGGAAGAUGAGGAGGAAGAUGAGUUUCCUCCCUUUGGAGACUCACAGAGUGACUAUGACACAGUGGUGCACCCGUUCUACGGCUUCUGGCAGAGCUUCUGCACCCGGAAAAACUUUGCCUGGAAGGAAGAGUACGACACACGACAGGCGUCCAACCGCUGGGAGAAAAGAGCCAUGGAGAAGGAGAACAAGAAGACCAGAGACAAGGCCCGAAAAGAGCGCAACGAGCUGGUGCGGCAGCUAGUGGCUUAUGUGCGUAAACGGGACCGCAGGGUGCAGGCCCACAAGCGACUGGUGGAGGAACAGAACGCCGAAAAGCUAAAGAAGAUGGAGGAGCUGAGGCGCAAGCAGAAACUCAGCCAGGCCAAACUGGCAGAGGAGUACAAGGAGCAAAGCUGGGCAGCCAUGUCUGAACUGGAGAAGGAACUGCAGCAGAUAGAGGCUCAGUACGGCGAGGAAUUUGGAGAUGCAUCAGACAGUGAGGAAGAGGAGCAGGAUAUGGAUACACAGGACAAGAGCAAUGAAGACGCAGCAGAUGCAGAGCAGCUGGAUGGGGAUGAGCUGAUUGACUAUUAUGAUGACCUGUAUUGCCCAGCUUGUGACAAAUCCUUCAAAUCAGAUAAAGCCAUGAAGAACCACGAAAAAUCCAAAAAACACCGCGAGAUGGUGGCGUUGCUACGGCAACAACUGGAGGAGGAAGAAGAUUCACUCGGCUUUAACUCUGAAAACAAGGAGGGAAGAGAUGAGGAAGAUGAGCAGGAGGAGGAGGAGGAAGAGGAGGAAGAAGACAAACCCAGGCAGAAGCUGUCCAAAAAGCAGAAGAGAAAAAAGAAACAGCAGAAAGUAGUACAUCAGAGUGCUCCAGAGGAAGAGGAGGUGGAAGAGAAGCCAGUGUUGAUAAACAGCGAAGAAGAUGCGUCCGAGAAGCCAGCCGACCCCACAGAGGCUGACAAGCAGGGAGACCUUCCUCCUGCAGAGGCCAAAAGCAGCUCAGGAACGACUAAAGGGAAGAAAGGAGGGAAAGACAACAAGAAGAAUGUCAAGCCUCACACAGGAGGACAGCAGAUUGCUGAGGAAGUGAACCUGCGCUGUGCGACCUGUAACAAUGAGUUCUCCACGAGGAACAAGCUGUUUGACCACCUGAAGACCAGCGGCCAUGCCACCGUGCUCGCCUCCAGUGCCGCCCACAGCUCUGUGGGAAAGACAAAGAAAGACAAGAAGAAGAACAGAUAGCCCGUCCACUUAACCGGGCUGGUGAAAAUGACCCGAUGAGAAUGAAACUGUAGGGAAACAGGAAACAAUCUUCUGAAAAAAGUCUGUUUACCUCAGGAGGACGAGGAGGAGCUUUUAAAACAAGCUUUAUGCAGUGAACUGUUGGAGGAAAAAAAAAUUGUUUGGCUCACUGAAACUGGAUUUUGUUUCAAAUGUGCAACGCAACAAUCAGCAUGUUCAGUGAGACAGCUGUGUGUGUGUGUGUGUGCGUGCGUGCGUGCGUAUGUGGGUUAGAGUGAGAGAGAGAGAGAAAGUGAGAGGAUUAAGAGUCCUAAUACUUUAUUCUUUUUAUUCUUGCAGUGUUUGUGAUCCCAGUGCUCUCCAUUACACUUUGCACAUGCAUGAUUUUUUCAUGUCUGCAAUAACACUCAGAGGAAAAAGUAAUUCAUCAACACUCAUAUCAUUUCAGUGCUGCCUGACAGAGACAUAUGAUAACCAAACUGUGCAUUGGACACAUAUUUAUUUCCCCAUACUUGGCUCUAUCUCUAUCUAUCACUCUGUUAGUUAAGAGGCAAGUUGUUGGAUAACUGCAGCCAACCCCUUAAGCCUUCUUCUCUUCACCUGUCAUAACACUGGAGGCGAGCAGAUCAUUGUUAUUUAUACAAAUAUCAGCAUUUGAAUGAUGUACGCUCAUGCCCCCAGUAAUCAUGUUUAAGAAUAAACCGUGUGGGAUAUGUCUGUCCAAAACAUGCCCUUAUACCUUAGAUGCUGUUUUAAAGAACAUGGCAUGCCCUAAGCAAAACACCAGGUUUUGUACCUUUUGGGGAAAAAAAAAGGAAGAAAUCCUCCUCAGAACUCACCUGCAGGUGGCAGUGUGGCCAAGUGUGUCGCAGUAGAAAUGUUUGCCUCAGACAGAUUCACCUCACUUUUUUUUUUCCUGUUUAACCCAGAUGUCAGUAAAACAUUGUCUGGCAUAA